UUUUGGGAAGAUCGUUUGUUUGCUUCUUUUUUGGGGGGAUUUUUUUGAGUUCUACCUACACAGUUUCUAAAUGAGACAUGCAUUACUCUUAUGCACUGCCUUCAGGUAAGAAUAAAUUCUGGUUGGUUUCAGUCAGCCUUCCCUCUCCUCUUUCACUAGCUUCACCACUUGUCAUUCAGGGACACUGAGGAGCUCUCAUAAGGUUUUUCUCUUUAAUAGCACAGGUAUGAUGGCUGAUAUGAGGAUAAUGAAAUACUGUGCCUCCAAUCCGUGCUGGGCUGCAGAGGGAGCACUUAACUCUCACCACGCUCUUCCUUUAGAGAAUUUAUCCUUGAGUCUAAUGAUCUUCAAUUCAACCUUAACAGAAACUUUAAUAACUCUUAUGCUGAGGUAACCUUUCUCAUGGCUGAGGAUAGGUUUAAUUUUAGUCUGAGUUCUAGUAGGAGUAUUUUAUCUAAAACGCUUGAAGUAGGUAAUUAUAGCCAAAUAAAAAUUGGCUUGUUUCAGUUGACUGGUGUGAGAAACUUCAGCCAACUUCCAGCAACAACAGUGCAGCACAAGGAGGAAGCGACUUACUGAAAUCUAUUGCUUUCAUCUCCUUUUUCUAGUUAUCCUGUAACUUCUACAAGUGGAAAUCAGUAUAGGUCCACUGAUGAAAUGUGUACAUGGCAUGACCCAGUCACUAGUUUUUUACCUUCUGAUGACAUCAAAGCCACUCUUCUGACCCAUUUAUGGCAUACUCUGAAACAACAAUUUGAGUUGGAUCAUGUCCAAAGCGAUGACUCAAUAAUUGUGGCUGCAGGGGAUAAGCUCAGCCCUAAACAUGUUUCUGUGCAGUGGCUGCCCCAGUCUAACUGUGCCUUUUCAUUCAGACUGCUUGCUGUAAUAAUAUUUAGAUGUAAUGGUUUCAGAUUUUCAUCAAAUUUUAUCUCUGCUCACUAAUUAUACUAAAACGUAAAUUGCAAUAAAAUGUGUGGCUCCUCCACCUAGGAGAUAAGUAAGUAUCUAAAUUUUCUGGAAAUGUCUGUUUUAUGUGGUAGCUGCCUAUCUGUGCCUCUAGAUGGAGAUCCUCUCCAUUUAACCCAACCCUCUAGAGAAAGCUGUGAGAUGCUUCAAUAAGAGCUCCAUUUUGCUUUUUGUACUCCGUAGACUAAAAUUUACUUUUUAGUCUGAUUUCUGGAUAAAAAAAAUUCUUUUCAUCUUAGUAACUAGACCCAUUUCACAGUUUACCUGAAAAAAAAACCCAGAAACAAAACAAACAAACAAACAAACAAACAAACAAAAAAGUUAUUCUGUUCCAGCUUUAAACAGCAAGAGCAUCCUUAACUAUUUUUUUUGCCUGAAGUGUAGUGGUGAAACCCUCUGACUUACAACUACCAUUCUGCAAAUUCCCUAUAGUAUGUAAGUACCUCUGACAGGCUGAGGUGCACAGUAGUGCAGGUGGGACUCAGAAGGAAUAAUAUGGACCAAAGUUUUCAGUAAUUUUUAUCAUAUGGGCAACUAUAUCAUAUAGUUCUAAAACCUUGCCAUAACUUAACCAAGUGACUUGGCUAUUUUCUUGCUGGUUUUUGGCCAAGGGUGUUUUAUAUCUAACCGUAACAAGAGUAGGAGGCAUGUGAGUGAAAGUAUCUUCUCUACUCCAUAAGGUAAAAAUUCCUUUUUGUGGAUCAAAACCAGUUAGAUUAAACUAUGCCUACUAAAUAUAAUUUUCAGGUUUUCCCAAUGCAUUAAGAAGCAGAAUUUAGCUUGCAAUAAUAUCAAAUGCUAUAAAGACAGAAUGCAAAUUCUCUCUUAAAUACACAGGUCCUGAAACACAAAGGCAUAUCUGCAACCAAAACUAUACUUACAGAAAGAUAAUAAAUUAAGUGCCCUAGUAGCAAUGGAUGACUAUCAGCACAGCAACAGUAACAGUAAUAGCAACAGUACCAGUAUAUUAUAAACAAUUAUCCAGAUCUUUGACGAAAAACUGCUUUUUUGUUGUUGUUAUUAUUUCCUGAAACCAGAGAGGUUCUUAGACUAUAAGAAUAGCAGUAAGCAAGAUGUAGUAAAUAGCUGUACAAAUCCUCAGACCCUAACAAUAGCACUGAGGCAGCAGUGUUGAUGCCAGCACUGACACCCACUCAUGUACAGUCCCCUGCUGCUUUUGGGAGAGUAUUUUUAUUUCUGAUUUAUUUCAAUUGCUGUUAGAGGCACAGUGUUAGUUUGCUUUUUUAAUGUUCUUGACUCUGAUCUAUUUAUUGUUUCAAGAUACGUACAGAAAUUUUUUAUUUUGCUCUUACAUAUCCUUCACAAUGAGAUGGGAAAAAGUAGAUCCAGGCAGGCCCACAGGAUAUCUUUUUUGUAGGAAAUCUGUUGAUUGAGAUAAACAAAAGUGCAUGAAAAUAAAGAGAAUGGACUAUACUGAGACACCAACAAUUUGCAAAGAUGUUUCUAGUUUCAAAGGAUUGCAGAAAGUAAUCCGUGUGGUGAAGAUUUUAGUCUUCAGGUGUUUGGAAAUUUUCUGAAAUAUAUUUUUAUCAAAAGCCUAGAUUCUAUCUAUAUUCUCUCUUAAAGUCCAUAACAAAUUCUGACUGAUGGAUUUAGGAUAUUUUUCACAGGCUUAGGGAUUUUGUUUCUCUCUUUUCACUUUCACACUGUGGGUUUAAAUGGUGGCAGGAAGAAAUUUAGAAUCAAAACCAGUGCAGUUCGGGAUAAAAAUCAGUUCAGAAAAAAAGAUCUACUAUUACUAGAGCAGAAAUCAAAUCUAUUUUACAUAGGUGUUGGCUGAAGAGGAACUAGAUCAAAGAGGGGAAGUUAAAGUGUAUCUUACUUUUGCUUGAGAGUUGGAUGUUGAGAAGUGCUCACAGUGGAAAGACACAGAGAUUCCUGGGUAAUCCCAUUUAAAUCACAAAUAUAACUUUCAGGUACAGAUCAUUAGUUGCCUCUUUCAUUUCUUGACCUUCAUAUGAUUUCAGAGAAUUCAAAGAAGACAUUAAAUCCUUACCAAAUUUAACUUGUCAAUAAGGACAAUACAGAGGAAGGAUUUGUCUAACAAACUUUGACAGGCGUGGUGUAUCAGCCACUUUAUUCAAUAUACACAACAUUUCUAUAGUCUCUUUUGUUACAGAUGUUGGAGAUAUAUUUUAAAUUUAAAAUCACAAUUAUUGGUAUAAGAUUCACCUGCACCAAAUAGAUGCAUUCCUGUCAGGGUAAGUGGAAAGCACAUUCAGCAGGAUGUAGUAUUUAAGUACCUGCUGUUUGAAGAUCAUGAUCCUAAGGGUGAUAUGUAGUCCUUGUCCCUUCUCCUUUACCUCCCAUUUCUGCUGGCCUCCUCCUCAGUGCCUGCAACAGGAUAGGAUGAACAUCCUCAAUAGCAACAUUUUGUUUCCUCACACCCACUGCAGUUCCCUUUUACAGUGAACCAGCUUAAAGACUUCACUCAUCAGACCUGUUUCUCUGUUCAACACAACUGCUAGGGAGGUAAAUGAAGGAAAACAAGGCUUACUGUGGCCUCCAGCAUGCUCUGAGAAGAUUUACUUCAGCCUGUGUCAGCCUGGACUAGGUUUCUCCUAGUGGGUGGUAUUGGGGGUCCAAGUCAACCCACACGUGCUCUGCUUCUUCCUGUCAACUGUUCACUGCAAAAAGACCCGGGAUCACAUCAGGCCAACAGUGUAUGCACCAUAUUGUCUACCAAACCCCCCAGUUCUGCCCCAAACCAUCACCUAGUCAAAAGAUGGGAAUGAUUCUCAGUACUAUUAAUUCUUCAGAGGGAGAAACAACUGCACUGGAAAUAUUUCCCAAGUACAUAUCAAAUAUAAAACAGUGAAUUAUUUUAUAUGUGGCUUUCUUGGCUUUGAACAUUUUCCAUGUGGUGAUUAUGGUGUUUCCAUUCCACAGAGUCAUAUAUAUUUUGAAAUAUAUUUCAGAAAAUGAACUUGGUUGCUUUUCAGGUCACAAGAGACAUUCCUUGCCUUUUCUGGGUAUUCUCUGUUUAGCAAGAAUGCACUUAGUAUAGCAGGAUAAAUUAUAGAAGCCCAUGGGAGUCAGUGCCAUAUUGUGCAACUCACACAAACACCCAUGGGCUUGCAGAGGAGAGCUCUGUUUGUUCAAGAAUAAGAUCUGGUAUUUCUCAUGCAGGAGGUCAUAUUACCUUGAAGUGCCUCUGCCCCGUAACUCUGCCUGAUGAAUAACAUCUGCUCCCAUAACAACUGCCUCUCCAGCAGGAGAGAUGGGCUCUGUGGCAUGACAAAAACCAAAGGCAGUCCACAGGCAGUCCUCUACCAAGGCAGCAAGCGACCACAAUAAGAAACAGAAGCCUCUCUACGUGCCUGAUUCAAGCCCUGCCGGAGCCAACAGGAAAGAGUCCAGAAGAUUUCAGGGUGUCUUGAUUUAGGAAACAUGCACACUGCUGUCCCUGCUCCAAUAAGGGUGGUACUAUCUGCAGCAACAACAAAUGUCAGUUGAAAGUGAAUGUUUAUCCAGUCCUUUGCCUUCUUGUCAAGAUACACAGCACAUGGGUCACUUUACAAUGGUAUUGAUGCAAGCAAAGGAAGUUUUUACUGGAAUUAGCAAUAGCAGAUAUGUUUUUCCAUACCUAAGAAAUCUGUAAUUGUCAAUGUAAUUUGCAAUCCAGAACUAGCAGCCUUCUUAUGGCAGGAAGUUUUUGUGCAACUACAGAUCACUGGGCAAGGGACUCCUCUGCUUUGCUUCCAUUCACAUUAACACACUGAAUUCCUCCUAUUACCAGCAAGUAAAAUUAGCCUUUAGCUUUCAUCUCACUCCCCCCAUCCCAGAUAACAAAAUCAAGAGAACUUAUAUUGAAUUACAAAUAUUUCCAGUGCAAGUGGGUAAAAAUUUCGCCUGAAAAGACCUAGGAAUAAAGUUAGCUGGGAGAUGGUAAUUUGGUUUCACAAGUUUCCAGUUUCUAAAACAAAUUAUUGUUUUUCAGUGGAAUGAAAUGAACUUCAGAACAUUUUGUCAAAAAUAAAUUGAAGAAAAAUGCUUGUUUUCUAUCAUAAAGCACAAUUUUUUCAGCUCUGAUCCUCUCUCACUUAAUUCCAUUUUACUCCCCCACUCACUCUCUGUCACCAGAGGUAGCUGCAGAGCCCUGGAUCACAAAGACUUUUCAGCUGCAUUUUUUUUUAAAUCGGUACAUUUCUAUGUGUUAUUUUGGUUUUUUCACUAAAAAUGCAUUCUGUUAAGAAUGUUCAUAAACAAAUCUGGUUGGGAGAAGUUCUUAGCUUGUCCCAAAAAUUGAUAUCUGACACAUUUAACAGGAUAACCAGCAGCUCAUUUGUGAAGCUCUGGGAGAAAAAUACACUGUGAAAUGCUGAAACAACAGUCCUAUAUAUUAUAGGUGUCCUGUCUAUUUUUUUGCACAGAGUAUAAUUUUUUUUGUUACAUUCCAUUCAGCUUAUUCUUACUGUACAAAGCACAGAUUUAAUUGAAGAAUUCCUCUUCCCUGUUUUGUCCUCUUGACCCUGAUCCCAAGGAUUCUAGGGAUAUACCUGUGAAUAGAUAGCAGGGAAAAUAAAUGUAUAUGUAGCCUUAUGUUCCUCUAUUCACUUCAACGUGGAAUUGACAAAAAAAUCUUAGCUGUUUUUGAAAGCAAAGGCAAAUGCAUGAGUCCCACAUUCUGCCAGUUGUAUUUCUUUAUGUAUAAAUUACAAGAUUACAGACAGAAAAGAAAACCUUUACCCUGGUAUAGCGUUUUGACUUUUCCAUGGAGACAGACUUGCUUAUUUUCCUGGGAGGUCAGAAGGGGUUUUGCCGCUAUGCUGACAUUUUGCAUCAUCUUCUUUCUUUUUCAUCUCAAAAAAAAACCCAAUAAAACAGCCAAACCACAGUUCUGAAAUGGCAGUGAAAAUGCAUUGCUCCUUUGGAGUGACAUGGACUGUGCAUGUCUGUGCAUCAGCAGGUUAGUCAGAGGGACCAGAAGAGAGUUCUUUAACCCUGGGUGUAUAAAGGAGCCAACCUAAAUGAUUUUUUUGUCUUCCUUCGAUUGUACCAUCAUGUCUAGAAGCUCUUUUUUUAAAAAGUGAUGCGUUAUGGUUGAGGAAAGAAAGGAGAAUACUUUAAUUAGAAAAAAAUCUAACUUCUCUGUCACAUCUGGCCUUUAUGCCUCAAUAAUCCCUUGAGCACAGCUCAUAAGCAAUGAGCACUCAGAGACAAUUCCAGUGCAUUCUAUUGACUUCCAGGAGAUGCACAAAAGGAUAGUACAUAUCCUGAAGGCAAAAGCAUGUGCCAUUUUCUUAGUCUUCUAUUAGUCGUAUAUUGCUAGUAGUUUAAUUAUAAUUUAUUGAGUACUGCUGGUAGGCUAUACAAGGCACAAAAAGAAUUCUGUGUAUAAACAGAACUGAUUUUUAUCUUUUUCUUUAUCUAUCAUUACCCUGUUACCCAUUUUCAUAGACCUUUUGUUGUAGCUUCAUGUGAUACAGAUUAAAAAUACUGUGAUUUGAAAAAUAAUGAGAAUUGUACAAGCAAGCAAGCAUCUAGCAAGCAUAAUCUCAUCACAUUUAAAAAAUUCAAAAAACAACAAUGCCUUUUUCAGGUACAAAUAUUCAAAAGUAUGUACAAAAUAACUUUAAUCUCACUGAAAUUGAAAAAAAUAAAAUAAAAAAUGUAUGCAUCUAACUAGAUAGCCAGAUGCUCAACUGGGGUGAGUUUACUUAUUCUGUUGACUUCAACAGGCCUUCCUUUUUUUGUUUAUUUCCAGACUAAUUAGUUUCAUGCAGGGCCAAAAUCUUUGUAUGUAUUGACCAAAAAAAGGGACUCCAGGGUCAGAAAAUUAGGGGGAGACAUGACACAAGCUUGCUUGUUCCAUAAAUCUCACAGAAGAAUGCCCAAGUGGAACAUGAAGGAAAGAUGGAAACAGAAGUUGCCUUCAUGUGAUCUGGCUCCCAGUAAAUCACAGCAUUACUCUGCCUUAUAAGAAUGUCAUACCCUCAGGUCUGGACUUUUUUAUUUGGAUUAGAGUUUGAAACGAACAGUCAGUAAGAAAGAAAACAACAUGCAGAUUGAAUUCCAAAAUAUUCAAGUCAAUAUUAGCUUUAAAAAAGAAUAAAGAGGAAAAGAAUCAUCUGAGAACUUAAAAGUAUAGAUUUAGCUUCAAAUGUGUGUCUUUCUUACCUAUUUAGAGGCAGCCUAUUGUUAUGUGAUUCAUAAAUGGAUAUUAUAUGUUGUAAGGUGUUUUCAUCAGCCAAAGCUGACUGGCUUUUCUGAAUACAUCUUCUAUCUUUAAACUCUUUCCAAGUAGUUCUUCUGGGAUCCUUUUCUUAAAGUCAAAGAGACUAAUUUCCUGAUGGUAACUAUUUUCUUUUCUUUCUCUGCAGGUUUAAGUGGUAACUGGGUAUCUUGUUAACAGAACAGCAAUGAAUAACUCAACGUACAUAAACUCUUCCACUGAAAAUGUGAUGGCUUUGGAAAGCCCCUAUAAAACUGUUGAGGUGGUCUUCAUCGUCCUGGUAGCAGGGUCUCUCAGUCUAGUCACCAUAAUUGGGAACAUCCUGGUCAUGGUGUCGAUCAAAGUCAACAGGCACCUCCAGACUGUGAACAACUAUUUCCUGUUCAGCUUGGCCUGCGCUGACUUGAUCAUCGGCAUCUUUUCAAUGAACCUGUACACCCUCUACACUGUGAUAGGCUACUGGCCCUUGGGGCCUGUGGUGUGUGACCUCUGGCUGGCUCUUGACUACGUGGCCAGCAAUGCCUCUGUAAUGAACCUCCUCAUUAUCAGCUUUGACAGAUACUUUUGUGUCACCAAGCCUCUGACAUACCCCGUGAAGCGGACCACUAAGAUGGCAGGCAUGAUGAUUGCAGCUGCCUGGGUUCUGUCCUUCAUCCUCUGGGCCCCUGCAAUUCUCUUCUGGCAAUUCAUUGUGGGAGGAAGGACUGUCCCAGAUGGGGACUGCUACAUCCAGUUUUUUUCCAACCCUGCUGUCACUUUUGGCACUGCCAUUGCAGCCUUCUAUUUGCCUGUUAUCAUCAUGACUGUCCUUUACUGGCAAAUCUCUCGAGCCAGUAAGAGCAGGAUAAAGAAGGCGAAAAAGGAAGCUGCACAAAACCAAGAUACAGUUUCCCCCAGCCUUGUCCAAGGUAAAAUAGUGAAACCAAACAAUAACAACAUCCCGACCAGUGGAGAUGGUUUGGAGCACAGCAAAAUUCAAAAUGGAAAACCCAGUGAGGAGACUGUGACUGAUAACUGUGUUCAAGCAGAGAAGGAGAGCUCCAACGACUCCACCUCUGUCAGUGUGGUAGCCUCCAACUUGAAAGAGGAUGAAGCUACCAAAGAUGCCAAACAGGCUUCUGCCUCCCAAGACCAUCUCAAAGCGGAGAACUCCAAGCUGACAUGCAUCAAGAUAGUCACAAAGUCCCCAAAGGGAGACUGCUGCGCCCCUACCAACACCACCGUGGAGAUCGUAGGCACGAACGGGGAGGAGAAGCAGAAUAGUGUAGCCCGGAAAAUAGUCAAGAUGACAAAGCAGCCAGCCAAAAAGAAACCACCCCCCUCUAGAGAGAAAAAAGUGACAAGGACUAUUUUAGCCAUCCUCCUGGCCUUCAUCAUCACCUGGACCCCAUACAAUGUGAUGGUGCUCAUCAACAGCUUCUGCACAUCCUGCAUCCCUAACACUGUAUGGACCAUAGGCUACUGGCUCUGUUAUAUCAACAGCACCAUCAACCCUGCUUGUUAUGCGCUCUGCAAUGCUACCUUCAAGAAGACCUUUAAGCACCUUCUUAUGUGUCAUUACAAGAAUAUAGGAGCUACAAGGUUUCGCUUCCCUUCUGAGCGAUAGUUCUGCGAGAUCUAGAUGUCAGUCUUGAAGAGCAGCUCUCCCUGGGUAACUUCUCCACCUCACCUGGCUGUCACCUGCACAUCACUGGCCCCAAGGCCCCAGGUGCCCUUCUACAGGAACUGCUGCAUCUUCACCUUGGGUUUGGCCAGAGCAUUCCACUGGCACAUCCACAUCAUGUGUUGCUCUGGCGACUUUUGUUUCACAAGGAAAUGGAGCAAACUGUGCACUUGAUUCAAGAGAAAAAGAAACAACCAAACAAACAAACAAAAACCUCACCACAAAAUGACAACCAACAACAAAAAACCUGCAGCUAGAGCUUCUUGCCCACUCUUUUUUUCCUAUUUACUAUUUCCAGAAAGAGACCAAAACUUAAAAGUUCCAAUCAACCCUUGAUAUUAACCUUGCUGCAGCAGGAUCUGUCCCAUUGGCAACCCAUGGGGAGUGGCUUGUACUGUCACAGGUCAGCCCUACUUUCACUCUCCAGAAGGAGAACAGCAGUCUGAAGAUAUGUCAGUUCAGUGGAAAAGAAGGAAAGAAAGGAAAGAAAAGAAGGGAAAGAAAGAAAGGAAAG